UUCCAACAAUGGUUCCCGCAAUUUGCUCCGUAUUUCUCUCCGAUAUUGCGCGACAACUGUAGCGCAGAGUAUCAAGCAUUUCUGGGCGAGCCCAAUCUUUGGCCAAAUCACCGUAUCAACGACGUAGUGUCCUGUAUGCUGAACCACAUUGAUGAGAGUGGAAAAGCCCAGAUGGCAGCCGCGUCGGUGUUGCUAGGCAUUCUUCCCACCAUCCUCGGCAUGGUUGGAUCCAACAUAACCGAAGUCGGCCUUCUGGCAUUGCGGCAGCCAAUCCUUUCGAUUCUCCUGUCUCUUGGAGCCCCUGUUGUCUCGCCUAUCCGAUCCUUUGAAUACCGAAGCCCGGCCGAAAUGUUAAAGACUAAACCGGACGCCGUACAGGCAUUCACGAAAUGGCAGCAACAGAUUUACCUUGUAAAAUAUGUAAUCGCCGUAGCAGCAAUCGGAAACGUAGUUCAUGUCAUCUGGCAGCUCUGUGUAUAUUCCGUCUGCGUGUUCUCUGGAAGUACUUGGUGGCUGCCUGCACUCUGGGCUGGUGUUUCAGUCAUACCCCAUCUCCUGGGCGCUUAUGCAGUUAGAUUGAGACUUCGUGUUGUGCAACGCGAGUCACUCUUUGCUGCUAUUGUAGGCGAGUUUGAUUUCCGCAAAAACCAGACAAAGGUUAAGUGGGAUGAAUUUCCUGAGUCAAUAUGGUAUAUUGUAUUUUCUUGGAUGGCGUCAUUUCUUACGAUAUUGCAUCUUGUCAUGGGUACUGUGAUACUCUCAAGCGCCUUGUUCAUCAGCCCAUCUGAUGCAGUGGUUCUAUCAAUUCGCCUUCUUAGCUCAGCAGUUAUAUGUAGGAUACUCCUUAUGUUUGAGUUA